CAGAGCAGGAAGAUGCAGGGAGAAUCGUGACUACUCCUACAGAUGAAGUUAAUGAGAGUGUAGAGACCAAGCCUGACACACAAAUAAUGUCUCCCGCUAUAGUAGCAUCCUCUGAGAAAGCGUCAGACCCCAUCCCUGAGCAGUUGAACCAGAGCAGUGAGAUGCAGGGUGUUCAGGAAGGUUCUGUGACCACCUCUACAGUUCAAGUUAAUGAGAGUGUAGAGAACAAGCUUGAUGCAUGUAUCAAGUGUGCAGACCCUGUAUCUGAACAGAGCACCAAGACGCAGGAGAUGCAGGAAAAUGCGACGACCACCCCUACAGAUCUUGUUAAUGAACGUCUAGAGACUAAGGUCAAUGCGAAAAUAUUAUCUCCUCCAGCUAAAGGCCUAGUAGCAUAUAGCAGCAGUAGUGAUUCCGAAAGUGAAAGUGAGGAAAAUGAAAGGAAGGCAGUCGAAGAGUCAAGAGAUGUGACAAUGGAAACUCAAGUAUCUUCCGAGAAGGUUCCAGACCCUGUACAUGAACAGGUGAAGCAGAUCAGUACGAGCCAGCAGAUACACGAAGAUUCCAUGACCACCUCUACAUAUCAAGUUAGUGAAGGUCGCAGUACGAGCCAGCAGAUACAGGAAGAUUCCAUGACCACCUCUACAUAUGAAGUUAGUGAAGGUCCCAUGACCACCCCUAGUGAGAGUGUAGACACCAAGCUUGAUACAAAUAUAAAGUCUCCGUCUAUAGAAGCGUUUUCAGCGGACGCUUCAGACCCUGUCCCUGAACAGGUUAAUCAGAUAUGCAUCGAAAUAGAGGAUACGCAGAAAAAUUCCAUGACCACCUCUCCAGAUGAAGUAGUUGAACAUUUAGAUACCAAGCUUGAUGCAAAAAUAGAUAUCCCUCCACCUCUAGAAGCAUCCUUAGAGGAGACCCGUACAGUUGAAGUCAGUGAGAGUGCAGGGACCACGCUUGAUGCAAAUAUAAAGUGUCCACAUCCUGCAACUGUACAUGUGAUGCAGAGCACUGAGAUGCAGGAAGAUUCUGCACCCACCCCUGCACAUCAAGUUAGUGAGAGUUUAGACACCAAGCUUGAUAUCGAAGUAAAAUCUCCUCCACCGGUGGAAGUAGCCUCAGAAGAGACGGUAGACAAUGUCUCAGAACAGGUGAAGCAGAGCACUGAGAGACAAGAGGUCCAGGAAGAUUCCAUGACCAUCCCUACAGAUAAACUUAGGGAAAGUUUAGAGACAAUGUCGGGUGCUAAGAUAAAGUCUCCACCCCUAGAAGCACUGUUCAGUGCUCUGAAGGAGUCCAGUCUUUGCAAACACCCCCUGUCUGAUACAAUGCGCUCAAAUGUCAAAGAGUUUCUGGAAGUAGAGGAUUCUUUAGAAAUCAUGAAAAAAGACUGUGAUUUUGGUGUGACAGAGAGUAUUGAGUGUACAUUAGACCUGGAGACCCCGAUUAUUGUUGAGGAUAUGGAGAUCGGUCACUGUGUUGUGGAGGUGGUGGGAGAGAAUGGGGAAGAUGUGGAUAUGGAUAGUGAUCUGGAAAUCGUAGACAACUCUAAGGAGGUGCCAGAGAAGACAGUCCAGCUAACCAAAGGGUCUGAAGAUGAGUGCCGUCUAGAUAACCGUGAAGCUGGUACUGAAAAGAAAGGCACAAGUUCCUCUAACCAAGACGGCACAAAUAGUGUCAAGAAGGAAGUUGCCAAAAAGACACAGGGUAGCCCGGAAAAACCUAAGAAACAGCAGAUGAACCCUCAGGCCCGGACUAAAGCCAGACUAGCAGCGCUAGCUGAGCAAAAGGCAGCCGCCUCCAAAAAAGCGAGCAGGCAGCUCAACCUCCUAGCCUUAUGUGAGGAAAUAGCGGACGAUAUCGCCACGGACACCAUGCUAUUAAAGACGGAGGAAGAGGAUGAGCAGGUUGUAACGGUUGAGGCUGAACCCAGCAAGGAGCCAGAAUGCCCACAGCCUUUCACACAGGCUGAGACUGUCCCUAUCCCUCCAACUCCUGCCGGGCCCAAGGAGCCCUCUACCCCAGUAGUACCCGCUGCUGCAGUUUCUGCUCCAGCCAAGCCCCCAGCUCCAGAGCCACCACAGAGACGCUUCUUCAUCAGCCAAGUGACGGUGCCCCUCAAAAUCCACGAGAAGAAGAAGCUUACCAGGUUCCAGAGGCUGCGGCAGGUGGAGCUGCAGCGGGAGAAGAAUAUGUCCUGGACCAUGGUGAAGAAGCUCAAGUCCGAUCAGGCCAAUCAGAAGAUGUUUCCGGAGACAGAGGCUAAACCUGUCCCCCCAUUACUGUCCACUCCAGCAGUAGCAGCACCCAUCCCAGUGACCGCAACACCCCCACCCCCCUCAGCCAGCCCAGCAGCACCCACAGUAGCUGCACCAUGUCCUACCCCAGCCGCAGCCAGCCCAGCAGUAACCCCUAAGCUUGAGCCCCCCAAAGUUGAGCCCCCCAAAGUGACCCCAAGUAAGGGACCCACCCUUAGAAAGAGGACGCUUCCAGCAGUACCCCCACCGAUGCCCAACGGACUGAAAGCUCAGAAGGCCAAGCCUGUGGCGGAGUAUAAGCCUUACAAAGCCAGGCCCAAGUACUCUUUUGAUGACUUUCAACUGGAUGACGAGCCGAAACCCACAGUGCAGAAGGCAGUACUACCGACCGUGCAGAGGGCAGCAUUGAGACCUACGUCUACCACCAUUCCGAGGGCAGCAGUGACACUUACGACAGCGGCCAAACAUGAGGACUCAAAACCUACCGGCCAGAAGACAGCAGUGCCUACCGGCCAGAAGGCGGCAGUACCUACCAUGCAGAAGCCAGGGGUACCUACCGGCCAGAAGACGGCAGUACCUACCAUGCAGAAGCCAGGAGUACCUACCGGCCAGAAGACGGCAGUACCUACCGGCCAGAAGACGGCAGUACCUCCGGCCAGAAAGAUCGGCAGACCUACCGGCCAGAAGACGGCAGUACCUACCGGCCAGAAGACGGCAGUAGCCUACCGGCCAGAAGACGGCAGUCCUACCGGCCAGAAGACGGCAGUACCUACCAGCCAGAAGACGGCAGUACCUACCAGCCAGAAGACGGCAGUACCUACCAGCCAGAAGACGGCAGUACCUACCAGCCAGAAGACGGCAGUACCUACCAGCCAGAAGACGGCAGUACCUACCAGCCAGAAGACGGCAGUACCUACCAGCCAGAAGACGGCACCAGAAGACGCAGUACCCGCCAGCGCAAGAAGACGGACAGUACCCGCCGCGCAGAAGCCGGCAGUACCCGCCGCGCAGAAGCCGGCAGUACCCGCCGCGCAGAAGCCGGCAGUACCCGCCGCGCAGAAGCCGGCAGUACCUACCGCGCAAAAAAUAGUUGUACCUACCACUCAGAAGACCACACCAACUGUGCAGAAGGCAGUUGUGACAAAACCAACUGUGCAGAAGGCAGUAGAGACACCGACCCCGCCCAGAAAUGGCAAACAUGAGGACUCCAAACUCACUGUACAGAAGGCAGAAGUGCCUAAACCCACUGUACAAAAGGAAACAGUGGUACCUACACUUACCCCUCAAACUGAGCAGAAAGAAGAAGCAUCACCUACGCCCAAAACUGCCAAAGAUAAGGAUUGCAUAGCACCAGUGUCUUCCCCUCCCUUUGAAGAGACCCCACGAGAUUCUGUUGACAAGGAUCAGUGUGAAGAAAAGCCUGCUGUUGCUGAGAUUAAACCGGCAUCCCCAGAGGUCAAGACAGAGGGCACGACAACAACAGAGUCCUCUGACUCUGUGGUCGUGCAAUCAGCAGAUAAUAGCAGUCCCCUCUCUGACGCAUGUCUGCAGAAAGAGAUAAAAAAACUAAAGGAGGCCGACGAAGAUGAAAAUCAAACCACCACUGAUGCAGGGCAGAAGCACUUUGGAGCGGUGACCUGCGGUGUGUGUGGGAUGCUGUAUUCCGCCUCCAACCCGGAGGAUGAGUCCCAGCACCUGCACUUCCACAACCAGUUCAUCAGUGCUGUCAGAUAUGUGGGGUGGAAGAAGGAGAGGAUUCUGGGAGAGUACCCCGAUGGCAAGAUCAUCCUUGUCCUUCCAGAUGACCCCAAAUAUGCACUGAAAAAGGUUGAGGAGAUCAGAGAGAUGGUGGACAAUGACCUGGGCUUCCAGCAGGUGGAAACCAAGUGUCCCUCCCAGACCAAAACCUUCCUGUUUAUCUCCAAUGACAAGAAGGUGGCUGGGUGCCUGAUCGCUGAGCACAUUCAGGAGGGCUACAGGGUGAUCGAGGAGGCGGUACCCGAGGGCUCGGAGGGAGAGAAGGUGAUGUUUGAGCGUCAGAGAGCCUGGUGCUGUUCCACUGACCCAGAGCCAGCCCUCUGUGGCAUCAGCCGCAUCUGGGUCUUCAGCAUGAUGAGACGGACGGGCAUCGCCUCGCGCAUGAUCGAGUGUCUCAGGAACAACUUCAUUUACGGCUCCUACCUGAGCAAGGAGGAGAUUGCCUUCUCCGACCCAACGCCCGACGGGAAGCUCUUCGCUACACACUACUGCGGCACCUCGCAGUUCCUGGUUUAUAACUUUGUCAGUGGGACUCGUUCAGACCAACCAAGUCUUAGCGUGGUGUAAGCAAUCGCAUCAAGGUGGAUUUUUGCUGAGGCCCAGUGAGACUUGCCCUCACCAACUAACCAACCGAUCUCUGGAUCUUGUCGUGGGGACAGCCUGUCACAAGCACAUUGUGGUUCUUUUAGACUGAAGAGUUAAGACUCAGACUGGACUCUUCUGAGGGGGACAUCUUGGUUUUUAAUCUCAGGUUUGAAAAAUAUUAAAAUUCUCCCUUUAAUCCCUGCAUAGUAUUUUGAGACAAAUAAUAUUUUUCUUUAUGUUUUUUAAAUAAGAAACAAGCGUUUUAUUGGAAGUAUUAAAGCGUUUACAUGCAUGAAACUUGACAGCAAUAGAAUACAAAGAGCAUUUCACAAUUCAUAGUUUCCAAAAAUCGGAGAGAUACACUACAUUUUACUCAAACGGUUCUAAAAACAAUGCUGUGGUCCUGUUCUAAUAAUGCAUUUAAUUAAUUUUAGCCUCUUAAAUCAGGUUAAAAGUUGCUGUACUAAGGUGAAGACUUAUUCCUCUUGUGUAGGGGAUGUUCUUACACACAUCAUGUUCAUCAUCUCUUGGCAUUUCAUGCAGUGAUAUUAUGACCACAGAGGUUCCAUUAUGUGAUGGGGUACGUUACUAAACUCAACAAAAAAAGAAACGUCCUCACUGUCAACUGUGUUUAUUUUCAGCAAACUUAACGUGUGAAUG